CAACGCGACUGUGUUUACUGCGAAACCCGAAAGGGUUCGAUUCGAUCGCGGCGGCUGUUGGCGAUAUAACUGGCACUGCGGUCUCCAGGGUUCGAUCGAUAGAAGGGGGGAUACGGAGAGAGGCGGAUUGGUCGAGCAAUGGCGGAAGAGGUGAAGCUGGGAUCUUCGAAGCCGAUGAUCGCGACGCAGCAGGAGAUGGAGGAAAACAGGGUCCCCAUCCCCUACCGCGACGAGUGCGCCCAUCUUCUUAUUCCUCUCAACAAGUGCCGCUCCGCUGAGUUCUUUCUGCCAUGGAAGUGCGAGAACGAGCGCCACGUCUACGAGAAGUGCGAGUACGAGCUCAUCAUGGAGCGGAUGCUCCAGAUGCAAAAGAUCCGUGAGCUUGAGGAGAGGAAGAAGGCGCAGCAGAUUCAGGGUGCGGGCGGUGUCAUCCCUUCUCCAGCCAACGCAUGAAUCGCUUCCCUUCCCCUUCGUGAUGGAAUCAGGAUUUGCACCUGGGCUCAAGGGCCUUUGAUGUUCAAUAAUGUUUACCAAGGACUAAGGUUAUUAUGUUAGUCUAUUUGGACCUUGAUUUUUUUUUUCUUUUCCUGUUUGGAUUAAGCACCAACGUCACUCGGUUGUAAUAAAGAAUUCCUUUGCCAA